UUAGUUCACAUUUUCACACACAGACACUACACAUAAACUAACAGUACAAAACAAUCUCCCUGUCUUAAAACCCCUCAAAUAAUUCUCGGGUUUCAUUACUAAAUGGGUCAUUCUUUUUGUAGUGAUGAUAGUAUUACCAGCCACCAAGAGAAAUGAAGAUCACCGGAAAACCACCGCAUUCAGCGCCGACUUUUCCGGCCAACACUGUAUCAUCCCCUCCUUGUUCAAGAACAGCAGCUCUAAACCCCCAGCCUCAUCCAGAUCUCACGCAGCCUCGUCGUCAUAGGCCCAACGCUAGAAAAAACCGAGUUAAAAGACCCGUAACUCCGGUUUCUAGACGCAGCCGGAGCAGGACCCGACCCGAUACUCCUUUCUUGAAGUGGAAGAUCCAGGAUAAAGAAGCUCGCAAGAUAGUUGAUGAAGAGGAAGAGGAGGAGUUGGAGAGUAGUGGUGGCCGGAAAAGUGGUCGCCGGAGAAGUUUGAAGCCGGUUUCUGCUAGGAAGCUUGCUGCUGGACUGUGGCGGUUGCAGUUACCGGACUCUGUUGGGAGUGGUGGUGGUAAUGGAGAUAAAAGAAUGGCCAGAGAUCGAUUAGGGCUUCCGCCCGGUGCGGGUCAUACAGGCAUAUCAUUUAUGCCUCAUCAUGGUGGCAAAGCUCACCUUUCUGAAGUAAGGGAUCCGUUACAGAGUCCGAGUUCUGUCUCUGGCGGAAAGAAUAGAUUCUUUUGUAAGGUUGAACCAUCAUUUCAGUUUACCAACACAAAAAUGGAGGGUGCUACUAAGUGGGACCCUGUCUGCUUGGAAACAGUGGAUGAUGUGCGCCAGAUUUACAGCCACAUGAAGCGUCUUGAUCAUCAAGUUAGUGCUGUAUCAAUGGUCUCUGCACUUGAAACUGAACUAGAACAAGCUCAAGCUCGCAUUCACGAGCUUGAGGAUGAGCGCCGGUCCUCAAAAAAGAAAAUGGAGCACUUCUUGAAGAAAGUCAGCGAAGAAAGGGUUGCAUGGAGGAGCAAGGAGCAUGAUAAAAUUCGUGCAUUUAUCGAUGAUAUUAAAACUGAUUUGAACCGUGAAAGAAAAAAUCGCCAAAGGAUGGAAAUUGUAAAUUCCAAAUUGGUUAAUGAGCUGGCUGAUGCGAAAGUUUCAGCAAAGCGGUUUAUGCAAGAUUAUGAAAAGGAAAGAAAGGCUAGAGAAUUGAUCGAGGAAGUAUGCGAUGAGCUUGCUAAGGAAAUUGGGGAAGAUAAGGCUGAAGUUGAAGCAUUAAAGAGAGAAUCCAUGAAACUUCGAGAGGAAGUGGAUGAGGAAAGGAGAAUGUUGCAGAUGGCCGAGGUAUGGCGUGAAGAGCGCGUUCAAAUGAAGCUGGUUGAUGCAAAGGUGGCACUUGAAUCAAAGUAUUCUUUGAUGAACAAGCUUGUAGCUGAUUUAGAGACUUUUUUAAGGUCUAGAAGUACAGCACCCGAUUUGAAGGAAAUGAGAGAAGUAGAAUCGCUUAUACAGGCUGCUGCCUCCGUGGAUAUCCAGGCCGUGAAGGAAUUCAAAUAUGACCCACCAAACCCAGAUGAUAUUUUCUCUGUCUUUGAAGAAGUAAAUUGCGGUGAGCUCAAUGAGAGGGAGAUCGAACCAUGUGUUGCAUACAGUCCGACCAGCCAUUCCUCACAAAUUCAUACCGUCAGUCCUGAAAUCUGUGUGGGAAAGAAGAAUGGAAAUCAUAGACAUUCCGAUGUGUAUUAUGAUCAGAAUGGUGCUAUAGAAGAAGAUGAAAGUGGGUGGGAAACUGUGAGCCAUCUGGAAGAUCAAGGUUCAAGUUAUUCACCUGAAGGGAGUGUUCCAUCUGUCAACAAUAAGAAUUACCGGGACAGUAAUGUCUCCGGCAGCGGGACUGAUUGGGAAGAAAAUGCAUGUGAUGAAACCUCAGUUACUGAAAUUAGCGAGCUCUGUUCUGUGCCUACGAGGCAGUAUAAGAAGGUAUCAUCCAUCGCAAAGCUUUGGAGGUCGGGUGGGGAUAACUACAAAAUAAUAUCAGUCGACGGAAUGAAUGGAAGGCUUUCAAACGGAAGAAAAUCAAAUGUGGGCAUUUUAUCCCCGGAUAGAGGGUCAGGUAAAGGCGAACAUAGCCCAGAUUUGGUGGGGCAUUGGAGCUCACCAGACUCUGGUAAUCCUCAAAUUACGCGAGGAAUGAAAGGAUGCAUCGAAUGGCCGCGUGGUGCACAGAAGAAUAGCUUGAAGGCAAAGCUAAUGGAGGCAAGGAUGGAGAGCCAAAAAGUCCAAAUACGACACGUUCUCAAACAGAAGAUCUAGAAGCAAGGAUGCAAAUUUUGAUUCCCGGUAUUGCUGACAGAGCCAGACGGAAAUAACAUAAGUAAGCAUCGUUCUCAACUUCACGAGUAGCCUUAUUUCUUGAUGUAAAUGCUCAACAAGGAUAAAAAUGGCAUCAUUUGCAGCCUUCAAUUUCAUGGACUAUGCCCCAUUUGGCAUACAUGUAAUGCUUUAUUAAUUAGUCAAAUGUGUUUUUAGAGGAAAUUGCAUUAUCAUGUGUACGCUAAUGGGAAAACUGAAGUAUUGAAGUAAAAGGAAAAGUUCUAAAA